AUGCCGUCUCAGCAUCAGUCUGCCAUUCCGAACCCCGCACUACGCGACCGCAAACAGCAAGGCCUCCAGUCCUCCGCAUGGCACCGAGAGCAGACCUACCACAAGAUCCGUUCAGCAACAUCAUCGGCACCGCGUCCAUCUUCACUCGCGAGAACGACACUCAGUCAACGAUUCCGACGAGCCAUUCAGCAAGGCGAUCUCCCCGCCGCACAACGCAUCUCUGCAAGAGCUUUCGAGCUUCAAUUCUUGUCAGGUCCAGCCAUCCAACAAAAUACAUAUCCAUCUUCCGAUGACCAGACAAGUCCAUACUCUCCUCCAAAAGCAGCUCUCCGCGCAGCCGAAACGCAACGGCCCUCUUCUGCCCAUCCUUUCGACGUUCGCAAUGUAGAGCCCAUCUCUGAACGCAUCAACCACACAAAGCAUCAUCAUCAUCGUAAAUAUACACUAGCUAUUCACGAUGAAUCUCUGAACGACUCCAGUAGCAGCAGUGCAGAUCCGAGCCUCAUCAUCGCUAUCAAAAGCAAUGCUGAUGUCGAGCUCCUCCGCUGGCUCAUUGAGAUGGGUCACGAGCAGAAAGGUCCCAGUGUCGACGCUGAUGGUAACACAGUCCUACACCUCGCCACUCUUUACGAUCGAUCCGACAUUAUCUAUGCCUACUCGACGUAUACCAACAGCCACGUCGCUGCGACCUUGGCUGACCUCAUUGAUGCCGAGACGCUGCAUGAUCACCGCACAGCUCUGCAUUUGGCCUGUAUUCGUGGCUACGACGAUGUAGCACGACAACUGCUCGAUCUUGGUGCUCAUGUCGACUUGCAAGACCGAGCAGGUAAUACGGCGCUUCACUUUGCUUCUGCUUGGGGACAUGUGUCUCUAGUGCAACUCCUAAUUGAGAGAGGCUGUUCGCUGGCCGUCAAGAAUGUGGAGCGGUCGACUGCAUCGGAUUACGCCUACUCACAUAGCGUCAAGGAGGCCUUAGAGACCAUGGGUCGUUUGCGAUACGAGAGCCGCAAGAAGUCACGACGUGCACCAGUGGCUACUGUGAUGCCCUCUGCCAUACGAGCUACCGCUGCAAACGCCGUAUCUAGCCAAUUGGACGACUCGACCCUGUCGGACAAGCAGAGCCGUACGCGUCCUUUUCCAUCCUUUCUCAGCCGCAACGCUUCCAACGGCGGAGGAUCAAGGAGCACUGCCACCACACCUGUACGCAUGACCUUUGCCGAUACCAGCGCUGACCGGACCACGGAGGUCAUCAAUGAUUGGGACCCGGAAAAGACAUUCGCCCAACCAGGGCAGAAUCUGUUCCCUGGCAGCAGAGCCGCCUUCUCGUCCCCGCCGGUACAAAGAGUAGCAAGCCCGGCCAACUUUUCCACACCAGCUCGACCCUCGAUUGAUCUCUACAGUGAAAUUCUCAAUCCAUCACCACGUACAUCUACAAGCUCCUCGACUGCUCCAACCUCGCAACCCCAAACUUCAUCUCAACCACGACAGAUGGCUCAAUCUCCACCAUUCAUGCUUCGCUCACCGGACGAGUGCAACUUGCAAGGGCAGAGCUACAAAGGUCUACUACCGCAAAGCAGCUCAGAGGCCGAGAUGCGACGUCAGCUUUCGCCCAACUUUGGCGGUUUAGGAAGGACGAUAAGACGUACGCCAAGUCCAGGACACAUGGGGGUGACGGCGGAUAAGGUGAGGAUGCAGGACGCGGCGGCAAUGUCUUUGUUCCGAAGCACAACUCCUCAGCCUAGCCACGUGCCGGGGAGGAUCGAGACUCCGCCGCUCAUUCAACAAGGCAGUGAAAGCCCGUUCAUGCUUGCCAAGAGGGUCAAGUCGCCGCCGACGGAAACGAGCGCGCUUAGAGCAACGUCUGGAUCAAGUUCGGGCGAGAACAGUGGUAGUAAUGCCGGUAGUGGUGAUGGGCCGCCGUUGCUUGCUCCCGUUGCUACCUUUCCGAGGCCAUCACAGGGAGGCGGAGGCGAGGCGAACCAGCAGCAUCGAGGCAACUCGCCAGUCGAAGAGAUAAGCAGUCCUUACAAUCAGAUGGACCUAACGAAUAGCAGUGGACGUCGCGACUCAAGCCCUUCUACUCCUCGACCUGAUGAUCGCGAGACGUUCGCUUGA